AUGAAUAGGCCGCUUUGCUUGCUUCGUCUUCUGCACCGUCAGGCCUCAGUCGAGUGUCGAAGAAAGACCCUUGAAAUCUUAGACACUAUCUUCACAAAUAUUAUUGCGUGCCCCUCAGCGGCGAAGUACAGACGAAUCAAUAUGGCUUCAGUGAUGUGGGAGCGCCAUGUCGCCCCAUCCUUCUUUCUAUUUCAGUUUAUUGAGUGGUUAGAGGCAAUAGGCUUCGUCCACGAUGCUGAGCAUUCGCUUUUGCAGUUUAGUGGUGAUGAGUUAAGUGGUGUAAUUAGGGCGAGGGAAGAGGUGCGUAUCCUUUUUGAAGCGUACGUGGUCCCGUGCCCCAACGAAAGUAAGAAUGAUGUCGGCAAAGGGAAGCAGUUGCUACCACUAUUGCGAAUUGUUGCUGGACUUGCAGAUGAUGGAAGUCAAGGAAAUGAGGUGCCCCUUCAAGACAAGGAUGCUCCGCCAGCCUGCAUUAACAGUGAAGUAUGGGAGGAAGUAAAAUCCCUCUUAUAUGGGGCUGUUUUGAAGCGUGUAUCUGAGAGGCUAGGAAAAGGAAGUUUUGCUUCACAGACGGUUUCUCAACCUCCACCUUCGUUACCUGGGUCUUGGGCGUGGCCAUCGCUGGUUGAGGUGGUCUCCGGGCUGUCGCUUUCUCAGGUGGAGGAAGAUUUUUCCGUGAUAGAGGCGGAACUGUUUAGUGUUUACCAGCACACCACUUGCGGUGGCGCGAAGCUUGGUGCCUUAUUUAAGGAGAGCGCUCGAAGGCGCGUUGCUGAGAGGCAUAAAAAUGAUUUUUCCUCUUCCGAUGCGACGUUUGCAAACGCGAAUGCAGAGUUGAACUACGUCGCCACCCGUCUUAUAGCAGACAUUGCGUCUUGCAUGGAGCAAGUGGCUGUGCUGGAAGAGGCGCAGGGCAUGGUGCGAAAAGACCGGUUAGAGGCCCGCAGACUCCUAAGGAAGUUUAGGGAAGACGCCGACAUUACUUAUUUACACUUGCUCAAAGAGGAGUGGAAGGGGCAGUUGAAAGCCGCGAAGGAAAAGCACGGUAAACCCUUUGUCUACCUUCAGACACCUUCGUCUGAGUCACGUGCAGAGUGA